AUGCCCAAUGUUCAACAACAUACAGACCUCUUCGCACCAAUACAGAUUAUCACAAUACUUUCACCAUUUAACACUUCCAUUCAGAAAGCCAAAUGCCCAACAUGUGUCUUAAGAUCCGCUCUGAACUUCGUAAGUGAUGGAGAGGUAGUCAGAAAAGUAGGUAGAGAGUUCCAGAGAAAAAGGCCAGAAAAAGCAAAAGCAGAUUCAGCAAAAGAAUGUUUAACACGAGUUAAGAAGCGAGAACAAGAAAACGAUCGUAAACCGGCCGUUUAUGUUCAAUUAAUAUAUCUGAUAAUUACGUCGCGUCACAUUCCAUCAUCACCAUGGUUUGAUGAUGAAUGUAGAGAACUGAAGCGAGAAUGUCACAAAUAUGAUCCAGCGUAG